CGCGCUCCAGAAACACCGAGCAGCGAGGCGAGGCAGCUCUUUCUUUCUCUUUCUUCUUUCUUUCCUUUUCUUUCACUCUUACUUUUCCCUCCCCUUCUCUCUCUCUCUCUCUCUCUCUCUCUCUCUCUGUCUGGUUUUGCACUUCACACUGGGACAUGGAGACCCUCCGCACGGCCAUCAUGGUUACCGGAGUGCCCAAGAAAGAACACUGUACCACCGAGACCAACUACGUAGAUCUCGGGAGCACCAACACGGUGAAAGUCUCGUUCACCGGCGAGGGAAACCAGCGAGCCGUAUUCAAGCGUAAAGGGAACCAUGUGGAACAUGAAGAAGGUUACACGGAUCAAAGGAAGGCCGAAAAGGACGUUUCCUCCAAUAUCUCAGAUACGGAUUUAAAAAUCGAAAGUUUCCUUGAGGAGAAGAAGACUGCUGUGACGAGCCGUGAACCAGAGGAAACGGAUUACACGGACAUGUAUCUGAACAGCAGGUGCGAGUCAGAGUCGGACGACGGAGAUCCCGACGAAAGAGAACAUGACAUGCCUGUGGCCGAGGAGACGGAAUCCCACUACAUCACGACACAUGAAAUUCAGCUCACGGAACUGGACCACGACAUGGACCACGAGCUUGGCCGUGCUGCCAGCUCCUGCUGGGAUUACGAAGACGAUAACCUCGUGUACUCGUUCGUGGACUAUGCGUCAUUCGAGAGCGGUGAGCAGCCGAGUGGAGAGAGGGGACAGCGCAGAGUGGCAAGCAGCCGUCCACCCAAACUGGCUGCCACCAAAACUCUGAUCAGCACCGAGAGCGAAUGUGCAAGCUCAGAUGACGGCAUGCGGAACAACGCGGGACGCAUUCACGUCUCCAUCAAAGCCUCGUCCCAGUCGGUGAACGAGUCGGUGCAGCCGUUGCAGGAUGAGAAUGACCGUCUGCGCUGUUAUCAUGAAACAGAAGCGAAGAUAGAGAUUCCGUAUGAAAGUCACACACACUGUUUCAUUCCUGCACCUGGACGCCAGCAUCUGGCCAGCAAACUGAUGAAAGGCAAAGAUGUCACCGAGUACUCCAGCGGUGCAUCCAGCUCUGUGAGCGAGCUUGACGAUGCUGAUAAGGAAGUUCGCACCCUGACAGCCAAGUCUUUCCGCAGCCUCGCAUGUCCCUACUUCGACACCAUCGACCUCAGACCCUCGAGCGAGUCCUCGGUUUCGGAGCACAGCCUGAGCAUGAACAAAUGGUCCUCUUUCGUCGAUUUCAACUACAGGAAUUACAUGACGCAGGGUGCGGUCGUAAGUGAGCGUAAAAACUCCACAUGCUCUAUGGAAAUGAGGAAGCACACAGAAAGUGGAACCGUUAACCUGAACUCCAUCACCGAAGGGAGAAGCCAUGAGAUGAACAUCCAGUCGUCAAAAUAUGAACUGAGCUGUGAUUCCGAAAGACAAGCGAAAUGCACAGAGAACAGUUCGAACAGCUGCGAGGCAUCAACAAGCCAGAUCCAUGACCAGACAGACGUCUGCGUGGAGGGAGUGCACAAGAAAGCCGUGUUUGCUUCGAGCCUCCUCCAAAACGUCAUCUCAAAGAAGAUGCGAUUCGAGCAAGAGCGCAAACUGGAGCGUGGUGAAUUAAGUGGAGCACAGCCUGUACAUUCGACACCCGGAGACAGCACAAGCUGCAAGGUUUUACAAAGACAAAUGUCAGAGUCAGGAUCUGUACACUCCAUCGUCUCUGUGGAAGACGUUGUGGAAAGCUUGAAUGCUGCUUUAAACAAAGAAGAGGCAGAAGAGGGGGAGGAGCUAUGCAAAACAUCACAUACACCUACAACAGAGAACAUCGCUGAGGCCUCACUGCUGGAGGAGAAAAGUGUAGAGAAAAGUGAGACUUUAGUCCCCGAAGUGCACACUGAAAAAGACGUCACGAACACAACCACACAACUGGUAGAGGCGACAAAAGAAAAUGAGAACGCAUGCGCUGAAACGACAAAUAGUAAAACGACAAAAAUGUCACACUUGUACGUUCCUGGGUCACAUUUUCUUUCAAAAGAACGGGAAGUAAUGGAACCAUCCACGCCAGUAACACAAAAAACCAAUCCCAUCCAAUCAGACAGAAAGAGAGCGAGCAACGUGAACACUUCAAACACCGGCAAAGCGCAAGAGAUCACCAUCCGCCUGCGCAGCGUCAAGGAAAACAAAAACAACCUUCAUCGUCCCUUUAACAUCGCCAGCCUCCUGACGCCAAACCUCACCAAGCACGGCGGCGACACCAAGAGCGAAAAAGUCCCGCACUUUACAGUCAGAGACGUCCGGGACAGCAGGUGCAAACUCCAAACCCCUAUCCAUCAGGUGAGAGACGUGCGCAAACUGGUCAAGAGUUCAUACCGGUUCGUGUCUCUGGAAAGUGGUGAAAAUAAAAGUGCAUCACGAGAGGAAAGCGAUGGCGUGAAAAAAGAUCCUGAUAAAAAUGACAAGAAAGAAAAGACGCCCAUGGUGAUCAAAUGCCAUUCAGUGAACACAAAUACCAACACCAAAGCUAAUUCAAACAGACAGAAUGACCUGGAAAGCGAGAGGACGCCGAUGCAGACGAUCUCUGAGCAGCAGGAGCUUCAGAUGAAGUCAUCCAGAUUGAAGGAAGGCUGCGAUAAAAAGGUUGAGUGCAAAAUGGCAAACCAGGUGGCACUCGAGAAACUAAAAGCAGCAGUGAAGACCAUGGAGCAGCUCUAUGUUUUUGACCGGAACGAGUGGCGGCGUAAGACGGAGGCACCGCGGCCGGUGAAAGACAGCCAUGUCCUCUCACUGAUCACCAGCGAGGAGCAAAGCGUCGAUAGCGAGAGAAGAGCAGAACCCUCGAAAAAUUCAACUCCUGCAGCAGACAAAAGCUUCACCAGAACAAUCACUCAUCAUCUGCAACAGGAUGCUCAGUAUUCCAAGGUCUGCAGCAACAUCUCCAGCUCCACCAGAAGCCCCUUUUCUCUCAAAAUCUGCCCUUCAAAAAGCACAAUGGAGAAAAGAGCUGAGGAUGAAGCCGGAGUCACGAGCUCUGUGUUGGAUUCUGUAACUAAACCUCGACCCGUACCUGUAUCGGAUUCGGAAAAUUAUCUAACUAUCCCGAUUAAGCCACGCCCCUUAGAGACAAAACCCCAUGGUUCGGAACAAAUCCUCAACCCCGCCCCUCACCCUCAGCUUCAGCCCCGCCCACCUCUUCAGCGCUCACCAGUCGUCACGGAGUCGUGGUCUCCCGAGAGCCCGACACUGACCUUCUGUCAGCCCGCACAGAUCCUGUGUGUCACGCCCCCCACAGACCCUCUCACAUCCAACACACAACGCAAACUCCUACUGGAUCCCAUAACGGGGCAGUGCUACCUUGUGGACACGCCCAUCUCCUUACAGCCGGUCACGCAGAGACUCUACUGUCCUGAGAGUGCUCAGUACCUGGAUGUACCGGUGGCCCUGAGCCCAGCGGCGUAUCUCAUCUGUCCACCCGCAUUCGUACAGCCACAUUCGGCCCCUGUUUCCUCGCAGGGAGAGAGCACAAGCACGGGAACGAGCAUGACAAUGGGCGGGGCUAAACCAGUCAUCAGUAUUACAUCACAGCAAGGACCACGCAUCGUGGCUCCGCCUUCUUUUGACGGCACGACCAUGAGCUUCAUUGUGGAGCACAGAUAAGCAUAGAUGUCUGGGAUAAGUGUGUAUGUAUGUGUGUGUGUGUGUGCGUCUGUGUGUGUGUGUUCAGGAGGGUACCCUGGCUCUCACAUCGGAAUGUAACAUAACGGGUCCCACAGAAAUGUCACUUCCUGUGCCAUUUCAGCUUCCUGUCAGCACUGCGGUUUGAAACUGAGCCCUGUUUGUUUCCCAGGUGUAUAUAUAUGUGUGUGUGUGUGUGUGUGUGUGUGUAGAGCAUUGAUGGUGUUCUUGAUCAGGCAGUUUCGCAGCUGUUCGCUUACAUUCUGCAGUGCAUUCUGUUGUCUGUGUCAUUAAGAGGAAAUGAGAGUUCACUCUUCAUCUGUCCAAAUGUCUGAUGUGUGGGCUGUGUUCCAAUACUUUUGGGUACAUUCACGACACCCAUGCUGACGGCCCCUCGCUCCCCAACACCUAGAGCGAAGCUGUAAAUUUGUUUAGUUUUUAAACCCUAAACAUUUUCAAAGCAAUGAAAAGAAAGAUCAGUGACGAUGUACGAUGAAGUUAGCUUUAAACAGUCACUACUCAAAACCAGAGGAAUUUCAAUAGUUAAAAGUAUUGGAACACGACCUUGUUGUCGAAGCUGAAGAUAUAAUCGUUUAAACAUUAAAGCUGACUUUCUUUAGCUGUGCUGUGUGUUAAAUCAUCAUGUUAGCGCACUUUCGCUGUGUAUUAGCCGUGUUUGUUACUGCUGCUAUUUCUCCCAGUGUACAUUAAAGGUAUAUGGAUCUGCAGGACAGUCUGUUUACCUGCUCUGUAAACCUAUCUUACAAAAUGAUUACGCAGUUGCUAAAUGCUUAUUUCUUGAUUUCGUCAUGUCAUGUUCAAGGUUUUCUUUUGAUUUGGAUCACUUACGAGUUACUGCUACAUUUCGCUCAACUUUUCAAUCAGCCAAACGAGUCCACACUUUACAGAGUAAUAAUUACCCUUAGCUAGUUUCAGCUACACAAAAAUACUAUUAGGAGGAAUGCUAGCAAACCUGGCUAGCUCAUCUACAUUAAACAGUUCCUGCUACCCUACGGUAUCUAGCUAGCUAGCUGGCUAAUAUUUGAACAGUGAUGUGUUUGUAAACUAUCAUCAGGCGGUUAUUACUGACGGCUCACGUUUCAGCUCAGCUCCAGUCAGGACGUGAUGCUAGGUAUGCUAACUGAAAACACUAAUAAGCUACUGCUAUAAUCUGGUGUCUUUUGCUAAAACAGAGUUAGCACUAGCUUGUGUGUUCUGUCUUUACAGUCUGGUGGUGGUGUUUUUUUUUUUACAGAUUCAGUCUGAAAUAAGGACGAGUUCAUAUGCCAUUCAUAGGAGCGUAAUAAUGCAUAGGAAGGCGCUCACAAGACUCUUUAGAGUUAAAAUUCUAUGUAAAGUUCAUGGAGAGUUUAGAGACUUUCCUUUAUGUAUUCUGUCUCCCAAACUUACAGCCUUUUGUUCAGACUUUAAUGUUUCGUUUUGUUUUUUGACGGAGUUGAAUACAGUGAGAGGUGUCUGAGGCAUUAUUAAACUCUUACGCAGGGUUUAUGGACAUCCAUAGCUGAGACUGCGUGUGAUGUAUAUGUGUAAUUAGACCAUAUUAUGAUAUACAGUAUGAAAUAAUACAUUAUACAUUUUCUGCAUAAAUCCAUAAAGUGUUAAUUAUAGUCGCAAUAAUUUGCUCUCAGUACUUGAGCACUAAUGGCUAAUGGCUAAUGAGCAUUUCCGCUAAAAUGGUACUUUUCCUUGUUUUUUGUCUUUGUUUUUUUCUUCAGUCAUAUGUUUAUCACGUGAUCCUUUUUCGAUCUGAACUGUACCACUACUGAGAAAAAAAAAAACCUCACUGAAUGUAAAUAAGGUCAGUGUUAGCAAGAAGGCAUUAGCGUAAUAUAUUAGCAGCACUGUUACACUUGUUGGUGAGGUAAAUUUGGGGGAAAAAUUUUCAUAUACAGUAAUACCUCACAGAUCCGCGUCUUACGUUCUGUGACUUUACUGAUCCGCGAAUUUUGGCCAUUUAUACAUUUUCAUGCUUUUUAAUGUGAAAUUAUUAAGAAAAGUUUAGUUUAUUAAUUUAGUAAUAUAAAUAUAAAAGUAAAAUCAACAAAAUAUCAAUAUAAAUAAAAUAUAAAUGUUAUUUUAAUGAUAUCAGACGUCUCCAAUAUCACGUAUGUACAGUACAGCCAUUACGACACGCUAUUGGCUGGAAGGGUUGGAAGCAGCCAAUCACAGAGCAUUAACAGUUUUACCUAGCUGCUGAUUGGCUGGUAGCUACGACGUUAUGAUGUCGCGGUUGAGAUGUCAAGUGAUCUCAGUGAGUUUUUUCCUUGGUUUUUAUACAGGAGAUACUGUACUCUACUUUUACGCUAAACAUUAAUUUCUUUUUUAAGGGUAAUGUAUUAAGCUAACUUUUAAAUGAAAUUAAAGUGUUUUGGGAGCACGACUGGGGUCAUAUUUCGGGUUUAAACUCUGAAAAUAAGCAUUUACAGUACAGUAUUCGCAUUUUUAGUGACUCCACCGCACAGCCACGAAACCUCAUCAUUCGCGAUGGGUCCUGGAACGUAACCUCGCGGAUGUGUGAGGUACUACUGUAUAAACAUUUUCAUUGCACUUUAAAGGUGAUAAGUCAUAUUAGCAUGCUAGCUUGACCUAUUGACUAGCUGCUUUGUGCAACAUGUUUCAUACAAGUUUUUUGCUGUGUACAUUAAGCAGAUUGACUUUAUGAAAUCAUACACAUUAUUGUUCGUUUGAAAAAAAAGAGAAAAGCCUGCUGUAUGGUUAGCUUCAUGCUAGCACUUUGUGUGUGUCUAGUAAAUUUAGCUGCACAUUUCCAUGAUAACGGGUCACUCCACUGAGCAAAGGUGAGUCUGGGAGGGGUUUUCCACACUGCUUCAGCCAUUUUAAUGAUUAAAUUAGCAACAGAAAGUGAAACAUUUAUUCAUUUAUCCACUGUUUUGGAGCAAUAAUCUAAACAGCUAGCUUAGCACAAGUCUCACAACAGCCCUUAAGAUGGCAGAGAGGACUGAACCACUGGGAGCCCACAGGGGGAAUUCAAAAAGGCUGUUUUAAAAACAGUAUUAAAACUAGCUUAAUGUAAACAACAAUGAGAAACUCGAGUUACUCAAAAUGGCUCCUGAGCUAAGAAAAUAAAAUAAUGAAGAGCUGUGUUAGCAGGUUAGCUUGUUUGUGUUAAGGAGGAAAUUGGUUUGAUCCACACAGCUGCUAGCCAUGGCUCUGAGAAUCAGAGGUCUGAUCGAUCGAUCCGUCGGCUAGCUAAAGACUGACCCCAGCAUGUGGAGAAAGUCUGCGGAAAGUUCCAGAAAAAGAGAAAGGUUCCUGGACCCUGCGAUAGAGGAUGUGAUGGAGGAGAGUGAAAUGAUAGAACGAUGGAAGGAUGGGAAUGAAAAGUGUUCUUGAGGUUUUGAGGAAUAAACUGAAUGUGUAAGCUGAGGAGAAGUCUCAGUGUGUGUGUGUGUGUGUGUGUGUGUGUGUGUGUGUGUGAAAUCAGACAUGUUAGCAGGCUAGCUCAGCCUAGCAACAGCCAGGUAUGACGCGCAAUGUUUUUAACACACACUUGGUGACGUCCCCUUAAAAAACUAAAACUAGAAACAAUAAAAUUUAACAGAAGAACAAUGAAAAAAAGACAUUUAUCAAACCAUAUAGCUUAAUUUUGUUCAUCAGGCUACUAAUUAGCUAGCUUGUUAACUAGCAAGCAUUAUGAAGUAACAAAAUUCCAUCGGGGUAAAGCAAUGCUCAUCAAAAAUAUUUAUUUAUUGUGUGUGUGUGUGUGUGUGUGGAAUAUCCCUCACCUCGCUAAUCUCUCGGCUCAUGUUUUAUCAUCUUGUAAGAGCUGAUGUCAUUUAGCUUUGGCGUUCCUGUGUGUGCUAGUUUAGCAUCUAGCAUCAGCACUUCUCUCGAGGUAUUUAUUGGAUCGUGAAAGACAAGCGCUAAACCGACACUCCGAGAUUUAAAUAUAGACCUUUAAUCAACGAUUCUCUGUCCAGGUCAGCUGUGUGCUAGUGGUGGACUUUAAAACUGACCAGAACUAUGAGUUUAUUUUUAUUUUUUUAUUUUUAAAUAAGCUAAUUCAUUCGAAUAACAAGACUCACAAAGCUAUACACAAAUUUCGUGUCAGAAUUAUUAUAAAAUUAGCAAGUAUCCACACUUACUAGCAAGCUAACUUUACUCUAAGUAUUAUUUGGUGUAAUUGUAAAUAUGUCAGUAAAUAUGGCUAAGCUAACUGGCUAAUGUCUUAGUAAAAACAAGAAGUGAUUAAUAUUAGUCUUAAACAUACGAUGUCCUUUAAAAAAAAACAUGUAGCUA